AUGAACCUCCAGACUUCAGUCCUGAACCUGGACCCUCACACUCUGAGUAAGAGACUGUGUCCACACUUCACUUUGUGUCUGGUUCAGUCAAUCGACCUCCAACAUGUCGAUACAGAAGAGGAGUCAUGCUGUGCUUCUUGUCAGGACGUCCUGAAGGAUCCAGUCUCCACCAGCUGUGGACACUGGCUCUGCAGACGCUGCAUCACCUCAUACUGGGACCAGUCGGGUUCACCAGGAGAGUCCUCCUGUCCCCAGUGUGGACAAAGAUCCAGAACAGGACCUGGAGCUCAGACAGCAGAUCCGAGCAGCUCUGUGCAGACAGAUCGUGGUCUGCAGCAGGUUCUAGAUGAACAUAAGAUCAGUCUGAGGACGAGAUGUGAACGUGUGACUGAAGGAAGUGAUGAGAGAGGAAGUGAAACCCUCCUCAACAGGAUCUUCACUGAGCUCUACAUCACAGAGGGACAGAGUGAAGAGGUCAAUACUCAACAUGAGGUGAGGCAGCUCGAGACGACCUCCAAGAAGAAGACCCUCCAUGAAACUCCCAUCAAGUGCCACGACAUCUUUAAAGACGGACUCGACCAGCAGAGACGCAUCAGAGUUGUCCUGACGAACGGCGUCGCUGGCGUUGGAAAAACCUUCUCGGUGCAGAAGUUCACUCUGGACUGGGCCGAGGGUUUGGAAAACCAAGACGUCAGUCUGCUGAUUCUGCUUUCGUUCAGGGAGCUGAACCUGAUCAAAGACCAGCAGCACAGUCUUCUCACGCUGCUCCAUGUUUUCCAUCCAACAUUACAGAAGGUCACAGAGGAGAAGCUCGCUGUCUGUAGACUGUUGUUCAUCUUUGACGGCCUGGAUGAAAGCAGACUUUCUCUGGAUUUCAACCACAGGGAGGUUGUGUCUGAUGUCACACAGAGGUCAUCAGUCAACGUGCUGCUGACGAACCUCAUCCAGGGGAAUCUUCUUCCCUCCGCUCUCGUCUGGAUAACCUCCCGACCUGCGGCGGCCAAUCAGAUCCCUCCGACUUGUGUUGACAGGGUAACAGAAGUGCGAGGCUUCACCGACACCCAGAGGGAGGAGUACUUCAGGAGAAGGUUCAGUGAUGAAGAGCUGUCCAGCAGAAUCAUCUCACACGUGAAGACGUCCAGGAGCCUCCACAUCAUGUGUCAAAUCCCAGUCUUCUGCUGGAUCAGUGCUACAGUUCUGGAGCACAUGUUGACCACAGACCAGAGAGAAGAGCUGCCCAAGACCCUGACUGACCUGUACUCACACUUCCUGCUCGUUCAGACAAGGAGGAAGAAAAACAAGUAUCAUGAAGGACGUGAGACGAGUCCACAGGAGCUGACGGAGGCCGACAGGGACGUUCUCCUGAAGCUGGGGAGGCUGGCGUUUGAACAUCUGCAGACAGGAAACAUCAUGUUCUACCAAGAAGACCUGGAGCGCUGUGGUCUUGACGUCACAGAGGCCUCGGUGUACUCAGGAGUUUGUACUGAGAUCUUCAGAACAGAGUGUGUGAUCUUCCAGAAAACCGUCUACUGCUUUGUUCAUCUGAGCGUUCAGGAGUUCCUGGCUGCAGUCUACAUGUUCCACUGUGUCACCAACAGAAACACAAAAGUACUGGACGACUUCCUGGGGACGAAUUGGAACAACACACGUGACUCUCCUCUGGAAGACUUCCUGAAGACGACCAUGAAGAAAUCCCUUAAAAGUCAAAAUGGACACCUGGAUCUGUUUGUCCGCUUCCUUCACGGCCUCAGUCUGGAGUCUAACCAGAGACUGUUAAGAGGCCUGAUGGGUCAGAGAGAGAACGAUCCAAAGAUCAUCCAGAGAGUCAUCGACAACCUGAAGGAGAUGAACAGUGAUAAAAUCUCUCCUGACAGAAGCAUCAACAUCUUCCACUGUCUGAUGGAGAUGAACGACCUCUCAGUACAUCAGGAGAUCCAAGAGUUCCUGAAGUCAGAGAACAGAUCAGAGAAGAAACUCUCUGAGUUCCACUGCUCUGCUCUGGCCUACAUGCUGCAGAUGUCAGAGGAGGUUCUGGAUGAGUUGGACCUGAACAAGUACAACACAUCACGGGGGGGACGACAGAGACUGAUCCCAGCUGUGAGGAACUGCAGAAAGGCUCGACUUACUGGCUGUGGACUCUCAGAGACUCACUGUGAAGUCGUGGCCUCAGCUCUGAAGUCCGACCCCUCCCACCUGAGACAACUGGACCUGAGCAACAACAAGCUGAAGGAUUCAGGAGUGAAGGUUCUGUCUGCUGGACUGGAGAGUCCACAUUGUAGACUGGAGACUCUGAGGGACCAAUCAGCAGACGAGCUCGACAGUGGCUCAGAUCAACUAAACACAGGAAGUGAAUGAAAGACACAAUCAGGGAUUUGUUGGCUGAGGAACCAGAUUGAAUGGACUCGACCAUCAGGACCCGUCUCCACUUUGAACAUGUUUUAAUCUCACAGACCUUCAGGGAGAAGAAGUUUGGACUGAGGUCA